AUGGAGAUCUACACCGAUGGUUCGGGACUUGAAGGACGUGUUGGCGCGGCCUUCGUGGUCCUGUACUACGGUGCGGAGAUCCAUGAAGAAAGAUACAGGUUGGGAGACCUUAACACAGUCUUCCAAGCAGAGCUCUUUGCCAUCAAAAAGGCUCUCGAGUGGUGUGUGCAGAACCGCAAAGGUAAAUACACGUCCAUACACACGGACAGUUUGUCAUCCCUAUACGCAAUGACAAACUCCAGUCACCGCCACUUCCUGGUUAACGGCAUUAAAGAUCUUUAUAGGCAGGCUCUAACUUCUCAAACGGUGGAAUUCAAAUGGAUCAAGGCGCACGUUGGUCACCACGGUAACGAGCUGGCCGACGAUCGUGCGAAGCGGGCAACACUCAAGGAAGAGGUUGACUUUAGUCUUCCGAUUCCCAUGGCGAGAUUUACACGGAAACUUAAAGAUCUCUUACUCCGUGAAUGGCAGACUCGAUGGGAGUCGUCCGAUAAGGGACGUCAAACGUUCCAUUUUAUAAGCAAAGUUAGCACAAAAGUGCUGUACGGCAACCAUUAUAUCAAUCAGGUCCUAACAGGUCAUGGUAGAUUCCCGCAUUACCUUGCGCGAGUCGGACUGGGUUCGUCCGAGGAGUGCGCAUGCGGAAGUGGAAACGGUGACGCGCUCCAUUACUUACUGGAGUGUGACCUUACUCAGGCUACUCGAGAUAAACUCCGUUUUGAUCGAGGAAACCUGGGCUCACUGUUGACGGACUUUAACCUCCCUCAUCUCGAGCAGCUGGCCCGAGAAGUUGGAGGGUUCGUCGAGCAGCUGGUCAGGUGA